AUGCCAGUACGCAAGGUAGUAACCAACAAUGUGGCCGGCGAGCCCGAGUCGACCAAGAAUAAAACGCUGGAGACCGGUGCCGGAAUCGUCCAGAAUUUCGCCCCGGUACAACGCGUCUGCGCUCACCUCAACGCGUUCCAUUGCUAUGCCGACGAUCCGACUCGCGCACCGGUAGAAGCGAACCACUACUGUGCCCAUCUGAACGACGAAGUUCGGCAGUGCAUUCUUUACGAUUCUCCAGAGCCGAAUGCGCGCAUCCUCGGUAUUGAAUACAUGAUAACGCCGCGCCUGUUCGAAACGCUCGACGCGGAGGAGCAGAAACUUUGGCACUCGCACGUCUUCGAAGUCAAGUCAGGCAUGCUCUUCAUGCCGAAGCCGACGGUAGUGCCAGACGCCGCGUGGGAAGUCGCCGAGAACAAGGAGAUGGAGCAAGUCAUUGAACUUUACGGCAAGAUCUUCCAUCUCUGGCAGGUCGAUCGGGGGGACAAGCUGCCCCUCGGUGAGCCGAAGUUGAUGACGAGCUACACGUCUGCGGACAAGAUGCCAAACUGCGAGAAAACGAUCGAGGAGCGGGACCAGAGGUUCGGCAAUGAUUAUAAGCGCAAGCAGAAGGUUCGAGAGUAUAUCCAGGAGCCGAAGAUCCAUGAGAACGCGGAUUGGACGUGGAAAGGCAGCAGGCAGGGCGAUCUUGGACAUUAG